CACACGAUUGGCCUCAACCUGUAGACCUGUCUGCGAAGAGGAAAGAGGCAGCCAGGGAGGGGUUGCUGCUACCGACAUAAUUACAAUACAGAGCAGUGAACUAUCUGUAGACUAUAACUUCACGAGCCCUGUAUCUAUUCCACUUCUACUGUGCAGAUACUUUACCCUCUAAAUGCUAGAUAUGCGUCUGUGGUGUUGAGGGGAAAGCGCAUGUUUAAUGGCAUUUUGGAAGUCUCCGCGGCACAGAAGAGGAGACAUUACGGCGCGGGUUAGCUAACGUUAGCUCGCUAACAAGGUCAGUUUGAAUUGUCUUCUGUCGCCGUUUUUCACUAUAGCAUCGUUGAAAAAGCCACCCUUGUCAUCGUUGUUAACUUGGCUCAUGAACAAAAUUAGAUCGGAGGACCGUCCUCAGACUGGACAGCUGGCUGACAUGGCUUUCUAACAGGCUGCCAAGGAUUUUUUCAUGGAUCACGGAGGACAACAAAGAGAGACCACUGCAUCUGUGAGCAUAGCCAAUAACUAGGGAACUUGACCUACAAGCAUAUCAUCGGACUGACGUCAGUGCAUGUGGCCUCCUAAGUUGUUCAUAGACAUCUGUUGGGCAGCCCAAAGGCCUAUUGCUAUGCACUAUAAACAGAAAAACAUGAGCUGUGGGGAUGCUGGUAGGAGCAGUAUUCUUUCGAGCAGGACUAUCCCUCUGGUACUGGUGCUUCUUGUCACUAUGGCCCAGGGCGCUGCGCCAGAACAGCAAGAGACACUUGUGGAGAUGAGAUCUGUGGAACUGGAGGCUUCUAUGCAGUCCUCUGUGCUCUCUGAGCUCCAGGCUGCAGCAUCUUCAGUCGGUGAGGGGCCGCCCACCGCUAUCCCAGAUUCCUCUGUGAAGAAUGGGGGAGUGCACACUGGCAUCCCUGACUCCUCUGCAAUCGUGGGCCAGGUGUUCCAGUUGAAGGUUCCCACAGGACCCGCCAAUUCAACGUGUAAUGUCAAGCUCACUGAAAUGGGAAAGGAGACUUUGCCCUCCUGGCUGUAUUGGGACAUAGAAAGCUGCAUUCUGAGAGGUUUGGCCCUAGAGCAGGAUAAAGGGGUGUAUCAUAUAUUGGUGUCAGGAGUGGAGAUAAUUGGCAAGACCGGCAGCCAAGUGUUCCCCAGUACGGUCUUCUCUAUUGAAGUGUACCCUGAAGAACGGGCAGACACUGAGCCAGCCCUGCUCACUCUGCAGUCUGAUAUCAGCGGCAUCCAGCCUUUCACCUGUGGCUCUGAGGAGCUUGUCACUGUCCUCACUGUCAUCUUGGACGCUGACCUGACAAAGAUGGUUGCUGAACAAAGGGUCAACUUACUGGGCGUGAUGAGGAAAUUCUCUCAUGUGACCCUGGAGCACAUGAGGGUGGUCCCUGUUGUCAACAACCGCCUAUUUGACAUGUCUGCUUUCAUGGCUGGACCAGGGAAUGCUAAGAAGGUGGUGGAAAAUGGGGCCCUCCUGUCAUGGAAGCUUGGAUGUGGCCUUGACCAGGGCAGUAUCCCUGACAUAAGCAGCGUCCAAUCCUCAGCAAAGAAUGGGACCAUGUCAGGCAGGCUGGGAUACCCUGUGGUUGGCUGGCACAUUGUCAACAAAAAGCCCCACGGCGUGAAAAGGGUCAGACGGCAGUUGUACAAUACUCCCACUCCAUUGCCCUCCCUGCUUCCUCCGACUACUCACCCAGAGCCCCCUGUACGUGUUGUUCCCACCCCUACUUCGCCCUCCAUUGCCCCAGCAACAGAGAACUCUGCUCCCCCUGUCCGAGGCCCUUUGCCUCUUCCAGUGAAGCCCACUAUGAGGGUUAGAGAUCAGAUAGCCCACACACCUGUGUUUGGACCUCCCCAACCCACGAGAGUACUCGGAACUACAAGCACCAUGCCCAUUCAGCCCACCAUGACCCGGCCUACAAUUGUAGAGGCCACUGCUUUGCCAACACCACCAAGCACCACCAAAAGACCCAAACCUACUGCUACAAGGAAACCUAAGAAACCCAAAACAUCCACCCCAGCACCCAGGGAACCCAAGUCUACCACACCCAAACCGCCCAAACGCACCACGCCUCUCUCUUUGGCUCCAGACUUGAAUCAAAUCCCAGAAAUCCGCAACGCCGUUGAUCAGGUGAAUGCAUGGGUUGGCACAUACUUUGAGGUUAAAAUCCCCCCUGAUACAUUCUUUGACAAGGAGGAUGGUACUACUGAUAAGCUGCGUUUGACUUUGAAGAAGACCCCCAACGAAGCAGUGAGUGAAACAUCCUGGAUACAAUUCAACAGCACAAUCCAACUUCUGUACGGCCUCCCAGAGGAGCAGCAUGAGGGGACACAUGAGUACUACAUGUUGGCCACUGAUAAAGGCGGGAAGAGCAUCAUUGAUGCAUUUGAGGUUCAAGUCAACCGUUGGUCUACUAAUGACAAACCAUCAGUCGUUUUUGCUGCCCGCUUCCAUGGCGACCCCAAAACGUUAAGCAAUGAUGUCCAUAAGAAGAUUCGGUUGACCAAAAGGUUGGCGUAUGCCCUCGGUGAUCGCAACAGCAGCACAGUCACCCUGCGAAGCAUCACUAGAGGCUCCAUCGUGGUGGAAUGGACCAACAACAGUCUCCAGCAGAGUCCUUGUCCAAAGGAACAGAUCACAAUACUCAGCAACAGGAUCUCUGAUCCCCAAGGGACACCUAAGCUGGCCUUCAUCAAAGCUAUGGAGCCUGAAUUCAAGCCCAUUAACAUCUCCAUUCGUGGCACCAAUAAAUGUCAGAGCUACACGUUUAUCCCGCCAGGAGAGGUGCCUAUUCCUGUUCUUCCUACAGCCACACCUUCACCUGGGACGGGCCGCAGGAGCAGUGACGAUGUUUACCUCCACACAGUCAUUCCCGCUGUAGUGGUAGCUGCCCUGCUGCUCAUGGCAGGGAUCAUUGCCAUGGUCUGCUACCGCAAGAAGCGCAAAGGCAAGAUGACCAUAGAGGAGCAGGCCACUUUCAUCAAGAAAGGAGUCCCCAUAAUAUUUGCUGAUGAGUUGGAUGAUUCCAAGUCACCCCCGUCCUCCAGCAUCCCGCUCAUCCUUCAGGAGGAGAAGCCCCCACUUCCCCCACCAGAGUACCCGAACAUGGCUGGCCCCCACAGUACCCUGCUCAACCAGGAUCUGCUGGAGGAGUAUUCUAUUUAUCAAGAUGAUGACCCUAAUGCACCUCCUUACCAGCCCCCUCCUCCGUUUACUGUCCCCAUAGAGGGCAAAGGCUCUCGCCCCAAGAACAUGACCUCAUACAGGUCACCCCCUCCCUACGUGCCUCCCUAACGCACACUGCAGCUUUCAGUUUGGAAAGCAGGUGCGACGUAGGGAUGCUUGUUGAAGACUUCUACAGGAGUAAAUUUACAUGUGUUUGAUGCUUUGACUUUGUAGAGGAGCAGUCAACCAUACUCAUAUAUUUGACCAUCAUGAAUAAGACACUAUAUCGUACAAUUCUACUACUGGCACAGGGCACGCGGAUGGGGAAGAGUUUGUUAUUCCAGCCCUCUUUUUUUUUCAUUGUCCUUCAGAUCUGCUUUGGACUUCUUGCAAAUUCUUUUUUGUCUGUUUUUGCCAAGAAGAGUCAAUUUUAUCUUCAAUGAUGUACUAUUUCUAUUGUAUAGAAAAUAAUAAAGAAGCAGGAAAGACUGAAGCCCACAGGGACUUUUUGAGCAGAUGUCACCAUGACAACAGACUUGAGGCUCUCCCUCACAAUGUUAAUCUUUAUGAGUUUCUAUAUCACUCUUAUCUGUCCUUCGGCUAGGUUUACUAAGAUUUUGCACCUGUUAUUUCUAGAGGGGAAUGAAUACAAAAAGCCAAACUGAAAGCAUGAAACACUCAAGUUACACAAAUAUCAGUUUGUUUCUUAGACUUUGAUCUCUCCCUAUUCUCUCCUAUGCUUUGCUCCCUCUUGACAAUAACAUGCAAUCCUUGCACUUAUGCAAAUUCUUGUUAAACCUUGCACUAUGUGUCUUGCGCAUAAUUCAACGCAGUGAGUGGUAGUCCAAUAAGGAGGAAAGAUUUUCUUUUUGUAUCCUUGAAUUACCACGUGACUGAGAUUCCUCUGGUACUUGAUCACAAAAGACAUUACACUGAUCACGCCUGUUGUAGACGUAGCCUAAUUAAGUUACAAAACAAAUAAUUACUUUUUUUUUUUCUUUGUUAAUGUGUGUGCCACUGAAACCUGCCUCUGAGAUGACUGGUUUUGCUGUUGCCAAGGUGAUGUCUGUGGUCGCAAGGCAAACCAUGUGUGGUUGCUGCAACAAUAAUGAAGGGGCCAAUGGAAUGCUGUGUUUCUCAGCAGGGUGAGAAUUAGCGACAUAGUCAAUGAGGUAGAUCCACUGUCUUAUUUUGAGUUGGUUUUGCCGGUGGGAGGGAUGGGUGGGCUUAGAGUACUGUAUUAUCACUGCUCUGCCUCUAGGUGUUGCACUGUUAUGUUUAGUGCACUGCCUGUAGUCAGUUCAAUGAGGCAUGGGGUCAAGGGGCUGUACAUAAUCGUGUGCCUGUGAAAUUAAACAACUCCAUAAUGUUAGUGUUUUAUCAGUAAACCUAGUCGGGAAAGGGGUGGGGGCCAGAGUGGAAAAUAAUUUUAUUUUUUACAUGUAUGUCUAGAUUUAUGAUCACAAUCAUGGAAAAAAAAUGACUUUAUAGUUUGUGAUGGUACAAAAGAACGUUUACCUGCCCAUCACAAAAGAAUAAUGCAUUAUCUCAAUAUGAUGGGGAACAAAGAAACCACUACAAUAUGUGAAUUAUGUACAUUUCAUAUCUGAUAUCACCAUAAGAAAAAAUGGUUAAAAAUCUAAUGUUUUUACUGAGUUUUUGAUACAGUCUUAAACUUGUUUUAUGAAAAUAUAUUAAUAAAAUGUAAUACUAUUUGUAAAGCCUCAAAAUCUGUGUAUAGUCCUUUUUGUUUGAGAAAAUUGAACUGAAUAUUCAGUGUAUAUGUCGAUGUCUGUACAUUCGAGGGCUGAUAAACACAAAUACCAGAUACAUUAGAAUGCAAUAUAAGGUCAAAGUAAUAUGGUGAUACAUAUAAAUGAUCUAAAGUAUUAAUGGGCUUUGGUACAAUUGGGAUAUUCAAACAGUGUGAUAUUUAAAGUGUGUAAAGACGUAGGUUUGAAAUAUCUUACAAGCCACUUUGCCUUUCAAAUAUAUUUUUCUAUCAAAUGUUUGAUUGUGGCCUUUUUGUAGCCUUGCUUUACGGUUUGUUGUCUCAUGUUUAUAGAAGCAGGCUAAAAUAGGGUCUAAUGGUCGGCAGGUUUUAGCCUUAACAUGAGCUAUACACUCUUUAUUGUAUAAACCAAAUACGCAGCAGGCAGCCGCCGUGAGACCGAGCGAUAUUUAAAGAGAAGUGAUCCCUUUCUGCGGCAUUUGUGGGCAGUUUUCUUUUUUUGGCUCUGUGCUCCUACCUCUCUUGGAGAAAUAUCAAUAACAAUGAGUAAUACCUGCUCUCAAAUUCUUUUAGUACAGAGCUUGUGUAAUGAUGGCUUAUUUUGGAGGGGUCAAAAACUGGUUUACUGCUCGGUGACCAAUGCUGCCUUGACAAAUGUACAUUUAAGUACAAGUUGCUAUACAACACCUUUUUUGAUUUGUUAUUUUGGAAAGAAACCGUGGAACUGCUACGACCACUUCUGGAUGUAAUACUGGGAAUAAUGUGUAUAAAGUCAAAAGUUGCUUCAGGAAUUUAAAAAACAAUUUACAAAGUGUGAUCAGUUACACUUUAAUAUCCUACAGAAUCACUUAUUAUAUCCAGACUCAACUACCAUGAUUUAUUGCUAGGAGAGAAAGAUUGAAAACGCCCAAAGCGUUACGUGUAAGAUUCACGAGCCUCUAGUUUUAUGUGGAAUGAAUAGUGUACUUUUUAAGUUCCUUUAUUGUCAGCGCUUUAAUGAGCUGCCCUGCUCUCAUUUGCUCAGUCUUAUCAGUUAUAAUGAGACAUAAUUGGUGAUUAUGAGGUGGGUGUGUUGCAAAUUGAAUGUCAUAAUCAUUUAUCAAUUAGCCAACUAGUAUGCGAGUGUGGGUGACUGACUCAUUUAUUUAUAUGUGCUGUUUCUUAGUGACACUGAACUCUACACUAACGAGUGUGAUUAAAUAAAGAUGAUGCUGUUUAUACAAAAACAGACUCAAUUAUGCAACAA